UUACCUUGUCGUUUCCUCCGUUAAGCACACCCUUUGCAGUUAUGUACAAAUUGAUUUAUACCCUUAUCCUUUUAAGACAAAUGACAAUAGUAGAGCAGAGGUGCUAUCUAGUCGAAAUAGGGAGUAUUUCCUAUUGGUUCGAUCCACAACACUCAUCUAUUGAAAACGUAUUUUACAAUACGACCAUGAUGCAUUCCAACGUGGAUAUCCGCACUCCUGUUCAAAACCCAGCCUUUAUCCUUGAAGCUUUCACAUGGAAUCCAACAAAAGGUAUCCAAGUACUUUACAAUGGGAGCUUCCGGGUUUGCGAUUUCGUCAGCCUUGUCAAAAGGGAUCCUUUCACCGUAACUGCACUCGAAUUAUUGAAAGGAUCUUCAAACAUUACUUUGAAAUGUCCAAUCCUGCCAAAUACUUACUAUGGAAAGUUUGAUAUCAACAAUUUCAUUCGAAUAAGUCCUGUUCGACUUUUUUAUUCACCUAAUGCAGUUGGGACCAUACAAGUCCAUGCUGGUGAGGCAGGAUCCACUUGGAAAAAUAGGCAGAAAGGACUUGAAAAUUUCACCUGGUGGGGAUCAUACGGAAGGUGCUACAUAGUCGAAAUAGGGAGUAUUUCCUAUUGGUUCGAUCCGAAACGCUCCUUUAUUGAGAAUGCAUUCUUCAAUUCGACAAUGAUGCAUCCCAGCAUUAACAUAUACAACGCUGUUGAAAACCCAGCCUUUAUCGUUGAAGCCUUCACAUGGAAUCCAGUAAAAGGUAUCCAAGUAUUCUAUAAUGGAAGCUUCCGGGCGUGUGAUUUCAUCAGUCUGGCCAAAAGGGAUCCUUUCACCGUAACUGCACUCGAAUUAUUGAAAGGAUCUUCAAACAUUACUUUGAAAUGUCCCAUCAUGCCAAAUACUUACUAUGGAAAAUUUGAUAUGAAUGAUUUCAGUCGAUCAAGUCCUGUUCGUCUAUUUUAUUCAUCCAAUGUAAUUGGGAGCAUACAAAUCCAUGCUGGUGAGGCAGAAUCCACUUGGAAAAACAGGCUUAAGCCACUUAAAAAUUUUACCUGGUGGGGAUCUUAUGGGAUUAGUGUUGCUUUUAAAAAGGUUUGUUAA